AUGGCUACGCGUAUCAACGCCCCUAAAAAGGUCCGCCUGGCCUGUCGACGCUGUCGAAUCCGCCGCAUUAAGUGCGAUGGUCAAAUACCCGCUUGCACCAACUGCGCAAAGGCCGGGCAGGUCUGUCUAGAUAUCGACAGUCAAAAUUCAGAUGUUGUUAUUCCCCGCAAUUUCGUGUCCGCCGCCCGUGAAAGAAUACGAUGGUUGGAAGACAUUAUCAGAGACCGUCUACCCGAUGUAGACCUACGUUCUGGUCCUCAGGUCGAUCCUUCGUCGGACCCAACAGCCCCCUCCCAGGAUGAGCGAGUUCCCGAAGACACCGACAUCACAAUUUCAUCAAUUCCACCGGCACCAGCAGUUUCGCGCAAACGGUCAGCAGAACCAUCAGGACAAUCUAAUCAAGAUGAAACCUUCCCCGAACGUGCUCAUUCUGUCGCCGUCAAUCUGGGCAUGCUUUCUCUCAAUAUCGAUUCACCUCAAAAGCAUUACCUUGGCUCAAGCUCUGGACUUCUCUUCACAAAUCUUAUCGGAGCGUCCCCGCCGAGUGUAGAGUCCACGCCUCAAGGUCCUCAAGGGGACAAAUAUGCCGGAGAGCUCGAAUGGGAUGAUGACGCUGUUGCUCAAGAUCAAAACAGGAAGUAUAAUCAAGAACUGUACAAUCUUCUAAAACAGGAGCUGCCGUCGAAACACAAUGCACUCGUAUUGAUACACACAUACAUUCGUUGGAUCCAUCCCGACUUCCCCUUCCUUGAGCCCCUCUCUCUCUUCAGUGCCGUCGAAGCCAUGUAUUCUUGCCUUAAUGGUAUUCUGGAAUGCGAUAUAUCGUCUCAUGGAUGGCCUGCCAAUAUGCCGCCGUUUCGAUGGAAUGGUAGAGUGGUAGUCCCGGGGUUUUCAAAUGAAGAAGGUGCUACAUUGUCAGCAGUCGCAUUUGUCCUCUUUAUGGUCUUCAACAUCGGCGCUCUAGUCAAGGUGAGAUCACGGAACUACGACUUUCCGCCACAGCGCUUUUACCGUGCCGCCCUUCAUUUUUCCAAGGAAGCUUUUGCACAUAUUACCUUGUCAUCGAUCCAAUCUCUGAUGAUGCUAGUCAUGCAUGGUAUGCUUACGCCAGCAGAGGUCAACCUUUGGACUUUAGUGCAUCUUGGGCUUGCAUAUUGUGUUGAGACUGGCAUACAUCGGGAACAAAGCCAGCGGAACCCAGACGACUUCGCUAUACUACAAGUCAGGCGCUUCACCUUUUUUACGAUUUACUCCCUAGAUAGGUCCAUUUCAUCGAUACAGGGAAGGCCGCUUGGCUUCAGGGACGAAACCUUUGACGUUAAGAUACCAGAAGUGCUAUCGAGCCCUGAUGAUAAUACUCAAGGUCCACUUCCACCAUCAUUCAUAACUGCCGUAACCCAUUACUCGUCAUAUCAUUUCAGACUGGACCGGAUCGUGUCCGAUAUCAAGCUUCACCUAUAUCACCUGCCCGGUGAUUCAAGCUUCUUCCCGUGGCCGGACAAUCCCACGGAACAACAGGCCAGGAUUCAGCAGUCUUUAAAUAAUUGGUGGCAGGAGGUCUCAAAUGAUGCGUUUGGGUUUCCCAGUCUUGAUAACCGACAACGGGAAGUCUGGAAGAUAAAGCUCGGACUAAAAUAUCAUACAACGAUGGUCUUACUCUUCCAACCGUCCCAGGUCAUCCGACAGCCCGCUUCUGAGGCGCUCCAGGCUUGUUUCGACAGCGCAGCCGGUAUUUUAGAUGGGUAUCAACGACUUCACGAUCUUCAUGGUCUUCAUUUCGGAUGGCGGGCUGUGCAGAACAUCUUUGCUGCUGGCGCGACAUUAAUCUACUCAUUCUGGACGUCACAAACCGUUCGGGAGAAGGCAUCCCCUGAAACAAUGUCAAAGAAUCUGAGAAGUUGUUCUACGCUUUUGACAAUUGGAGGCGAAUGGUGGCCGUCUGCAAGGAACGGUCAAGCCAGCUUUGGGUCGGUCGCAGAUUUGACCAUGAAGAGACUGUACAUGGCCGAUGCAUCUAACAAAGCUCCGCGUCUAUCCCUACAUCAAACUGCUUCUAGCAGGCCAAGAGACGCAGGCGACGCUGACGGGCCAAGAAGUCAGCCUCCGCCUGGAUUCUUAGAUGAGACUGGCCAGUCGGCUGAGAUUGACACCAAUGCAACGUGGCAAAAUCUAGACUUGGGUGUUGGAGACAACCCCGACCAGUUUGACUGGUCAUCAAUUGCGGGCGGGUUUGAACCAGAAAUCGAGAUGUUCCUAGAGGACUUCAACAGAUCCGAUUUUAGCUGGAGCUUUCCACUGAAUGACAAUCAAGAUCUAGACCUCUUCGGAACGGGUCCAAACCCCGGUUUCUGA